CCCGUCUGCCGAGUCUUUUCUCUCUCUCUCUCUCUAUCAAACCCUCAAUUCUGCAGUCCCGCGAAUCUCUCUUAGGGCUUCGUCUAUAUCGCAGAUCGGAGUUUUCGUUUCCUUCGCCGAUCGUAUAAUCUGAUAAAAAGUAAGAUGUCUGCUACUCAGGAAGAAGACAAGAAGCCUGACCAAGGAGCUCACAUCAAUUUCAAAGUCAAGGGACAGGAUGAUAAUGAAGUCUUCUUUAGGCUCAAGAGAAGCACUCAGCUUAAGAAGCUUAUGAAUGCUUACUGUCACCGUCAAUCUGAGGAUAUCAACUCAAUUGUUUACUUCUUUGAUGGUCGUCGUCUUCGUGCAGGGCAGACUGUAGAUGAGCUUGAUAUGGAAGAUGGAGAUGUGAUCUAUGCGUGCCACUCACAAGGCGGUGGUCUACAAGCAGAUCAUGGUCUACGAGCAGAUCAGCGUCAGUGGUCUUAUAUGGUUUUUGAUCACAAUCGGCUCUAGGGAUAAUUUGGCAGGCUUUGUGUUACUCUGACUACUUUCUUCAAGAAACAUCACUUGAAGUGUAAAUAAUGACUCGUAACUCAUGAUCGGUUAUCGUGUGUGUAAAUCAUGACUCGGUAGUUAUUGGAUCUUAUAAUAUUAAUGGGAUCUGGUUAUGGAUUUAUUAGAAUCUUUGUACUUUGUUAA